UGACAGUUCUCCCGGUGCCUCAUAGCCUACCUGACAGGAUUUUUCUCAGUUGGACCUGAAUCUUAGCCUCUAUGUCGAUGAUUCAACGCCGAUGCUAAAUUCUAAUGAUGCUCAGCUUGAAUGAAUCUAUCACUCAAACGCGGGUUAUGGAAUAAGGGCUCAAGUCUCCGGUUCACUGUUCUGGACCACCGUCUUUCGAUGACGUUGUGAUGAAAUACUUCAACUCUCAGGAGGUUUGAAUCUCAUACUCCAGGCUCCAAAGGGGCUUUUCUUGUUCUCUUGAAAGGAAAUGGAACGACUUUCCAACACAGCGCGGCAAUCUACUACCAAUUACGACUACAAGUUGAAAUGCCCGAAAAUCGUAUAAAAGAGCUCAGCUCUUGACGUUCAAUUCCUCAGCUUCCACUCGAGCUCUAUCUCUCACCACAUCACUUUUCCAAACCAAACCUUCUUCUUUCUUCACCAUGCAAGCCAAAUUCGCCGUUCUCCUCGCCUUCAUUCUCCCCGUCGUCAUGGGUACUCCUCUCCCCGGCGACGACAACCACAACAAGAACCCCCACUACCCCGGAGGCGAUCACCACCGGUGCCUUCCGGAAAUCAAGUACCAGUACUGUUGCUACGGGGAUAGAUGUUCUCCUUGCAACGAGAAGGAUACUUGUGAGGGAGAUCAUGUUUAUUGUUGCCAUAAUGAUGCGCUUCAACACGGCAAAUUCGACAACAAAUGGUGUUCCAAGGUUGUGAUGCCCAAGAAAGAUCACUGCAAGAAGGAAGGUAAAGGUGACUGGAAGGAGGGCGGUUGGAAGAACGACGAUUGCGAUGAUGAUAAGGAUUGGAAGGAUGGCCACAAGGACAGGAAAGACGACAAUUGUGACAAUGGCGAUUGGAAGGACGGCCGCAAGGGCGGAAAGGACGGAAAGGACGGUCACAAGGACAAGGACUGUGGCAAGGACUGGAAGGACGGCAAAGACUGUAAGAAGGACAGGAAGGAUGGCAAGGACGGUAAAGAUGGCAAAGACGGGAAGCACGACGGAAAGGACGGUCAUAAGGAUGACGGUAAAGGCGAUGGCAAGAAGGAUGGUAAAGAUGACGGCCACAAGGGUGACGGUAAAGACGAUGGCAAGAAGGGCGGUAAAGAUGACGGUCAUAAGGGUGACGGUAAAGGCGAUGGCAAGAAGGAUGGCAAAGACGGAAAGGACGGCCACAAAGGUGACGGCAAAGACGAUGGAAAGAAGGACGGCCACAACGACGGCAAUAACUGGAACAAUGGCAAGUACUAGUGGGGCCGCGCCGAGUGAGCGAGUUGAAGCUUGAGGCGUAGUUUUGAUUCGCAACGGACUUUGUAACUUCACUGUACUUUUUGUACCUCGAAUUUGUAACACAACUUGUUUCUUUUGAACGAA